CUGACAUUCCUUAUAGCCGUUAUAGUUUAAUAAGUGUAAUAAAUAACAUACAGUAGCCUACAUAUGUUCCGAGGCUCCGAUGUUCCGAGGCUGUUUAGAUCAACUGCCUUUAUGUCCCAGUUUCAAAAUGGGAGCUUAUUUACGAAUUAUCGAAUUAUCUUCCAACCAGGUGUGUAGGUUUGUUAGAUAUAAUCUUCUUAAUAAAAAGUGUGUGUGUGUGUGGGGGGGGGGGGGGGGGGGUGACAAAUUUACCGUUUUCAAAAAGUGUCAUUAUACAAAGUUCAUGCGUAAUGAAACCUUUGCCCCUGCUUCUAUCUGUUAGUAGUUGAAGUAGUAGUGAACAAUCUGCCUCAGGUGUGUUUAUUUGAUUACCUUUGAGCCCCAGUCUUUUAGACAUAGCACACAUAAAUGUGAUAUGUAAUUUCAAACAUGUCUAUGUGAUUUGCUGACUCAUCACUGUGGAAAGUAAAAACCUAAAUUAACACAUACUUAUUGAAAAACUAACCUAAGUGUCAGUCUAACACAGUUACCACUUUAAUUCUCUCAAUAAAUAAAAGUUCAGUUUUUCUUAAAAGUGUUUUUCUUUGGUGUCCGAUCCACGAGGUACACUCUUCCUCCCCUCUCCAGACGGUGUUCAGAAGAAGUAGGCUAACUAACAGCAGAGAAUAACAGUUAGCUUAGGUCAGUAGCUAACAACAGUGGCUGCUUGAAUGGGGAAAUGGCUCGCAUUGGAGUUUCCUCUGGAAAUAAUGUUUAUCUCAUACGUGUAUAACAACAGAAGAUGUGUCAGACAAUUAUUUGCCAACAUCCCUAUGCUACCAGCUGUAAUAUUAGUUCACUUGCUAGCUAUAUAGGAGGAUUUUAAGCUGUUUUAUUUAUGGGACUACUAAUAUUAAAUGUUUUAAUAGUAUGUUUCAGUCAUUAGUGGGUGACCAUAUUCCAGUUGUUGUUUUUUUACAGAAGACCAACUUUUAAAACAGCAGUUGGCAUUGACUGAAUAAUAAAAAAAUCCCUACAUUCUCAUUUAAAACCCUGGUUAUAAUUUUGGACCUUUGAAGCCCCCAGUCGCUGCUAUUUUAAUGCCGUCUCCCUGUGCACCCCAGACUGUCUGUUCUGCAGGAGCAUCUGAGGAAGAUGUCAGAGCACCUCCACUGUUCCUCCACCGGAGGACUGACCGUGUGGCCCCUCGUGGCCCCAGAGCCCCCCACCAUCAUCGUCCCCUCGUCUCCAUCCUCUUCAUCAUCAUCAUCAUCAUCAUCACCGUCUCCGUCCUCAUCGAGGGAAUGUGCAUCUGCCCAUGGGAAGGGCCGCCCCUCACAGACGAGCAACAGAGACAGGAGCCGCAGGCUGUGUCCAGGUGACCGGAUCCUGGCCGUUAACGGAGUCAGCCUGGUGGGCCUCGACUACCACCGGCACAACAUGGAUGCAGGAGAUCACUCCCCUGAUUCAGAGUGGAGGGGACUUGACCUCGGUUCUGACCCAGCCCAACUGGGACCGGGUUCCCUGGCUGGAGGAACACAGGGCCCAGGUUCUCAACCUGGAACAGAGGCCUUCGCCUCGCCUGUUUGCCACACACUUCCACUGUGACAUGAUGCCCCAGUCCUUCUUCAAGGACAAACCCAAGGUGAUUUACAUCAUGAGGAACCCCAGAGAUGUGUUCACAUCUUCCUACCAUUAUUAUGGGAUGGCCUCCUUCCUGGUUAACCCCCAAUCACAGGACAAUUUCCUACAGAAGUUUCUCAGUGGAAAAGUUAUGUUUGGUUCAUGGUUCGACCACGUUAAGGGUUGGUUGAAUGCAAAGGACCAGGACCGUGUUAUGUACAUCUCCUAUGAGGAGAUGAUAUGGGACCUGAGGGAUUCUGUGGCCAGGAUUGCCCUCUUCAUGGACAGUUCCUUAACCCCCAAGGUGGUUGAGAAGAUAGCAGACCACUGCAUGUUCAAGAACAUGAAGCAAAACAAAAUGUCCAACUAUUCCCUGGUACCCAGCGAGUUCAUGGACCAGACCAAAUCAGAAUUCCUCAGGAAAGGAGUCGUAGGAGACUGGAAGAACCAGCUCACUGUGGCCCAAGCAGAGUUAUUUGAUGCUGUUUACAGAGACAAAAUGAAGGAUGUUAAAUACAAAUUUGUGUGGAACUGACAUUCCUUAGCCGUGAUAGUGUAAUAAGUGUAAUACAUGACAUACAGUUCAGAGGCAAAUGUUUAGAUCAACUGCCUUUAUGUCCCCCAAUGGUGGAAUCACCUCCCCACCUCCAUCAGAGACACUGACUGUCUUCCCACCUUCAAGAAAAGGCAAAAGACGCACUUGUUCCGAGAGUACAAUGGUACUUAGGAAUGAUUUGCUGGACAUUAGUCCAGAUGUUAGUUUUCUCCAGGAAAACAAUGACUCUUACUGAGGGAAUUGUUGGUUAGUUGUAACUGAUUAAACUUCUUGUACUCGCUUUGAAUUAUAUUAUAUUAUUGUAGCUUGCUUUCCUACAGGUACACUCUUACACUUUUGAGGUUCAUGUUGUUUAGUUGAAGUAGUUAUUUAAAAAAAAUCUGCCUCAGGUGUGUUUAUUUGAUCGCCUUUGAGCCCCAGCCUUUUAGGCAUAGCACACAGAAAUGUGAUAUGUUAUUUCAAACAUGUCUAUGUUUUGCCUCCUAUGACAUCACUGUGGAAAGUAAAAACCUAAAUGAACUCAAUUAGUUAUUGAAAAAGUGUCGGUCUAACACAGUUAACACUUUUUAAUUGCCUCAAUAAAUAAAAGAUG